AUGGCAGAGGUGUCAUUUCCUGGUCAACACACAACCACUACCACUGUGACAUCGAGCACCAUAGUUCAGACUAACAUUAGGUUUGAUCCUCAAUAUCUCAAGACCAUACCUGGAAUACUUAAAGUCAUACAAGUGCUCUGCAGCCUGCUCGGGUUCAUAUGCAUCCAGGUGUCGUAUCUGAGCACCCGCGGCAGGGGCGCCUACUUCAGCUGGAUCUCGAUGAUAGCGUUCUGGUUCACGGGCAUCCUUCUCGGCAUGUACCUGUUCCACCUGGUGGAGAAGUUCUACAAGAUCCCAUGGCUCAGGAUGGAGUUCGGAUUCUGCACCCUGUGGACCUUCUUGUAUCUGCUAGCCGCUAUUUUAGCUGUCACGGUGCACGAUAACCCACAUUCGGCGGCCGCGUUCUUCGGAUUCGUGGCGAUGUUCGCGUACGCGAUCGACGCGUACGUGAAGUGGCGCGCGGUGCAGGGCGGCGGGCUGGCGCAGGGCACGCGCGUCGUGGCCAAGCAGACCGCCGCCGCCCUCGAGGCGCCGCCGCCCAGGGAGGGGUACUAG